AACAGAAGUGAAAUCAUUUUUGCUUUUCUAUUCUUAUUUUUGGGGUUGGGAAGUCUGUCAUCGUUCUGUUUUUCAUGUUCGACCCCUUGGUGAGACAGACCAACUGUAAACUGUGCACCUUGCCCUUUGGCGCGUGAGGAUCAGUACACACCUUCCAGCCAAUAAAACGCCGAGCAGGCGAAACAAAAGCGCGAGCCGUGUCCGACCAGCCGACCAGUAGUGCUUGGAUAAGUUUUCAGCACCACAGACCAGAGAACAGUAACAGUCACAGGCGCGCGACAGUCCUAGAGCCAUGGUGCUGAACCGGCUGAUUUCGACAUGUACUCGGUGAUUCCGUUCAAUGUCACCUACCCGGACGACAAGAUGGGGUUCGUGCCAAACGUGCCAAACUUCACCCAGCAGCCCCCGGUUCAGAGCGCCUCCAAUAUUAUAGUAGCCAUCUCCAUCACCGCGCUCUACUCGGUUAUCUGCGUGGUGGGAUUGCUCGGGAAUGUCCUUGUGAUGUACGGGGUGGUGAGAUACACCAAGAUGAAGACAUCCACCAACAUCUACAUCUUUAACCUGGCUCUAGCGGAUGCCCUAGCCACCAGCACACUGCCCUUCCAGAGCGCCAUGUACCUGAUGGGGACCUGGGCCUUCGGAGAGGUCCUCUGUAAGGUGGUCAUCGCCAUCGACUACUACAACAUGUUCACAAGCAUCUUUACCCUGACCAUGAUGUCUGUGGACCGCUACAUUGCUGUGUGCCACCCAGUGAGAGCCCUGGAGUUCAGGACGCCCGCCAAGGGUAAGAUCAUCAACGUUCUGAUCUGGGUUCUGUCCUCUGCCAUCGGAGUGCCCAUCAUGGUCAUGGCGGUGACCAAAACAACAGACAGUGGUCAGACUAUGUGUACACUGAAGUUCCCCGACCCUGACUGGUACUGGGAUACAGUCACUAAGAUCUGCGUUUUCAUCUUUGCCUUCAUCAUCCCUGUCAUGGUCAUCACCAUCUGCUAUGGUCUGAUGAUACUGCGUUUGCGCAGCGUCCGCCUGCUCUCCGGCUCUAAGGAGAAGGACCGCAACAUGCGCCGCAUCACCCGCAUGGUCCUCGUGAUUGUCGCGGCCUUCAUUGUCUGCUGGACGCCCAUCCACAUCUUCAUCAUCAUCAAGACUCUGGUGGAGAUCGACUUUGGGAACCCCUACGUGAAAGCCAGCUGGCACCUCUGCAUUGCACUGGGCUACAUGAACAGUAGUCUCAACCCUGUUCUCUACGCUUUCCUGGACGAGAACUUCAAGAGGUGCUUCCGGGACUUCUGCCUGCCCUGCCGGACACGCGUGGAACGCAACUCCCUCAACAGGGGUCGGAACGCCAACCGGGAACCCGUGUCCGUCUGCGCUCCGACUGAAGCUGGGACGGAAAAGAAGCCCGUAUGACUAGGCAUGGACCAGAUCCCUCGUGGUUCUCGAUCCAGGAGGGUCCAGCAAGACCUGCAGUCUGAGAUCACCCAGAUCUCCACAACGGAAUUCUGACAGGACAAACAAUGAUUUAGUCAGACUCACACAGGGGUGUCAGUAAAGGAGGUUCCAAAACACACUAUACCUUUUUUUUUUAGACCUCAUCAUCGACAUUCCUACCAGUGAGAUUUAGGAACUUUCUUUAUUGUAGCUCAGAAGUAGAGAGAUUCAAUUUUUCAUCAUAAAUCGUUUUCAAUAAAACUCUACACACAUCUCUGUGAAGGUUCUAUCUAGAGACAAUAUGUGAAGGUGCCAGGCCUUUUUGAGUAGUGAAUUUCUGGUUCGUGACAAAUGGAUGUCUGGCUGUAGAGUGAAUACACAGGAUGUUGUCAAGGACAGUGGUCCAAAGUAUACGACAUGGUUUUGUCAACAAGUCAUCCCUGUUUGUGACUGAUGACAAGCUGCACAAAUAUGGGACUGGGGUUAUUUUGAAAAUAAGACAACGGGGUAAGGGACACCACUGAAUGAGUAGAUAUGUAGACAUGUGAAAUGGGGACGUUUGACCCAGGAGGGGUUGGAGAAAACGCCCAACACUGUUCAGUGACAAUGACAGUUGUUACAGCUGACGGACUUCGCAAAGAUCCCAAAUGCUAAGCAGUGGUCUAUUUUUUUAUCUCAUGUACCAGAGACUGCAUCAUCCAUCUUGAAGUAGUGUGAAUAGACAAGACAGGCUGUAGCAUGGGUACAGUACACUGUGAGUGGGAUGUCAAUGCUUCUCCAGGCUACAGUAGCCAUGUGCUUUGACAAACUGAGAAAGUGGAGAAGCAUGGAUGUCCAACCAUUGUUUAUCAGACCUUCUUUCUAUUCUCUGGGAAGCAAGCACCUGUAAACUAACAUCGAUGGUGAAUUGUCAAAGAUUGCUGACGCAUAUUCCAUCACACUUGACUAAGGUACUGUAAAAUGGAGAGAAAAAUAGUUAUUUUCCACUUUCCAUCUACAAAAGGCAAAACAAAUACAUUGCACCACAGAGGAAGAAGAAACUACAGAUCCAUUGUGACAGGUUGGAUGAUGGAUGAAAACAUACUUUAGUGCAAAGCACUGGGGCACGAGACACUGAAACAAAAUGGGAAAAUGGGGCUGAUAGCUACAUGAAUCUGCAAACAAUGGAAAUCUACCACAGAGCUUUGUGCCUGCGUGUGCUCCACUGCUGUACCAUAGAAUUUCCUCACAGACACCUCGGCUCUCGGCUACAAACCUAAUAGACUCAUAGAUCGGAGCAGAGAGGUAGAAGGGACCACUGAAAGGAAUAACUAAACAAUCAUAGAACACUGAGGGUGGAGGAGCAGAACAGCCUAAUCUAGAUCUACACUCUGCGUGAAUGCAUUACUACUCUGAUGAAUGUAAAAAUGAAACAACAACAGCAAAACAACUUUAAAACUGACAAACCUGAAGAGUAUGGCGGCUUGUGAAACCAAGACAACUGAGUAUGUACAUAGCUGAACCAAGUGAGAUUUGGAAAGGACUUUUACAAUCUGUUUUACUGUGUAAUUGGAGAAAAACAUUGUGUCAUCUGUCAAAAUAAAUCGAUGGCAGAUUAGAGAGACUUAACUAUGGCAUUAAGUCAUGAUAAGAUUCAUGAGAAAGAUGAUGACAGCGCUCAAUUUUACCUUGAGGGCAUCAACUAAUUAUAGUGAUUAAGAUUAAAAUGACCCUUCAUAUUUCAUAGGCUGUAGGCUAUAAUUUAUGACUUUAUUAUAGGGUAUAAAUUCUCCCGGUAACCUUGCAAAACAUCAAUGCUGAUGAAAGAUCAAGCCUGUAAAUCGUUCCAUAGAUUGCAACCCACAUGACACCCUAUUCCCUAUAUAGUGCACUGCAUUUGACCAAGUAGUGCACUAUGUAGGGAAUAGGGUACCAUUUCAGAAGUAGCUAUAUUUUUUACUGACCUUGGGCAUGAUGCUAUGUCAGGAACCACUAUGACAAGCCCAAAAAUGUGGACGAGAGGUUUGUGAAUCGUUUUGCAUAAUGAUUCUAGCUAGCACAGACUACAGAUGAGAAGAGAAUAUAAUUAAUGACUGUUUAUGUCAAUGUCAGUUUAGAUGACAUAGUCUAACUAUUAAUGGUUAGAUGUUAACAUUUUGGCAUAUUUCUAAUAAGAUGAAUGUGCAUGUACCACAACAUUGUAGUUUGCUGAAGGUAAGGAAACCAAAAUCAGUUCCAAACUAAAAUCACUUAACGUGACUUUGUAGAUAUAGAUAUUCUCAGAACUCUGACAUAUUAUUUACGUAGUUGGCUAACCUUUUCAGUGACAGGUGAAACUAACUGGCUUCCGUUUGUGUAUGUGAUUCUGUAUGCUGUUUUGAUGAUGACUAUCGCUCCAUUUUCACAGUGAUAUUUGAUCAAAUAGCUGUAUGCUUUAUUAGCUACUGUACUGCAUAACUGCUGAGGCUAGUCUUACAUUUAAAAAAGAAAAUAAGAGAGAAACAGAUUAAGUCCCAUUUAUAGAAUGAAAUUAUUUUCAUCCCGUAUCUUCAGUAUAUGUCCUGGCAGUGAGUGAAAAUGCUUCAGGUCUAAUAACACAGACUGCUGAAUUAUUUACAGCCGAAUCCGUUUCUGGUUUAUGUUCUCUUUGCUUUUGUCAGUAUUCCUGACAGACACACUUUAUAUUAUUAUGUGGAUCUAAAACUACGUAUUUACAUGGCUUCUACAAAGAGAGAUAGUCUAUUAAAAUGUGGAACAGCCUACGCAUUAUUAUGUAUGACAGAUGUGGUAUUGAUUACAUGCAUUAGCUUUGCAAACAAGCUCAAAUCGACAGGGUAGAGAUAUAAUGGUAAAAGGUACAGUACAGUACAUCAAACUGACAAAUGCGUGCAAAUGUCACAAAAUAGAAAAUGACCACUUAGCCACCCAUUUUUACUAGAGCAACAGUUGCUAAUAGCCUACUAUAACCUUUUUGCCUCUGAGUGUCUGUUAUAGAACGAUGGAUUUUAUAUUGAUCAAGGCUAACUCCCACAUAGUAUUUCUGGGAACCGCUGUCAAUAGCUACAAUACUGCAAUACAAUUGUAACUUUCCUUUCUCUCGUCAUGUGAGUCACACUUUGUGUUGAAAAUCUAAUUUCAUUAUUUAACAAUCUAUCAUUCAUGGUUUUUAUACUUAUACACUGAGAGUACAAAACAUUAAGGACACCUUCCUAAUAUUGAGUUGCACCCCUUCCCCCCCCUCCCCUUGUUGACCCCAAGGCCCGUGCUGGCCUGUGUUGACUCCAAUGCUUCCCACAGUUGUGUCAAGUUGGCUUGAUGUUCUUUUGGGUAGUGGACCGUUAUUGAUACACACAGGAAACUGUUGAGGAUGGAAAACCCAGCAGCAUUGCAGUUCUUGACACAAACCAGUGUGCCUGGCACUUACUACCAUUCCCCAUUCAAAGGCACUUAAAUAUUUUGUCUUGCACAUUCAACAUCCUAAUGGCACACAUACACCAUGCGUGUCUUAAUUGUCUGAAGGCUUGAAAAUCAUUCUUUAACCUGUCUCCUCCAUUCAUUGACAUUGAUUGAAUUGGAUUUAACAAGUGAUAUCAAUAAGGGAUCAUAGCUAUCAACUGGUGUCACCUGGUCAGUCUACAAUAUGUCAUGGAAAGUGCAGGUGUCCUUAAUGUUUUGUACACCCAGUGUAUUUUGGUAAAGCUUUAUAUAAAUAGUCAAUGUGCAGAUGUUCAACAAACUAGCUGUAGACUAUCAGCAGGAUAUCAACAGUAUUUUUUUAGCCUACAGAUUCACUAUUUAAUCCAAAUAUAGCUUUACCUCUGUUUUUUCUAGCACUGUUCUUCUGCCCUGCUUUGGAUAUUGCAGUUAGGGAAUUUUGUCAUUUUUAUGAAUUAAUAUGCAUUUAUAAGUAACUCCUUUAAAACAAUUGAAUACUGGAACAUUUCUGUAAAAUGUAUACAAAACGCUGUAUGUUUGCUUAUAUUCAAUGUAUUGCCAGAGACUGUAAGGUAUUUGUGCUAGUCACACUUGAACCCAUCAUGAUUAACUUUACAGUGCUCAUGCAGUGAUCCUUAUAGUUUAUAGUUUAUAACUUACGCUAGCUAGAUGAGUAUCUAUUGUAAAAUGCAUUGAUGAAUUAACAGCAAGCCAAGAUGUUUUACAAGAAGCUUCUCGGAUUGUUGAUUAAAACAACAACAAAAAUCAAUAAAAUGAACACGGUAG